UCCGCCGUCUCUUACGAGGAAUUACGCAGAGGAGAGCGUGUUUGUGAUUUGCCAGGUCUGAACCUUCGUUGCUCGGCCAACUUAUUGAGAGAGUUGGUGGGCGGAUCCACCUAGAGAGUAGGAUAUAUUUUGUGGAGUAGGCGACCAGAAGCCGGGUACUACUCCGCGCAAAAAGGGGGUGCAGGUGCUCCAGUGGCGUUUUGGACACAGACAGACAGGCAGGCAGGCAGGCAGGUGUAGGCAGGCAGGCAGGCAGCCAAGCAAGUGCAGUUGUCAACGCCGGGACGGAAAUAUAACAAAUCAAAUACCGAUUCACAAUGCCGUCAAACAAAGAGGAAGGUGGCUCGUUUCUGUGGAAUUCGGAGACGAAGCAAUUUCUCGGGCGCACCGGGAGUAGUUGGUUAAAAAUCUUUGUCUUCUACGUCAUCUUCUACGGGUUCCUGGCCGGUAUCUUCAUCGGUACCAUUCAGUGCCUGCUGCUCACCCUCCCCACCUACAAGCCCAAAUGGCAGGACCGGGUCGCACCCCCAGGAUUGACCCACGCUCCUCGCUCAGAGAAGAAUGAGCUGAACUUUAACCUGAAUGACGUGGAGACCUACUUCAAGUACACGCGGGCCAUGCGGGAGUUCCUGGAGCCCUACAAAGAGGAGAACCAGCGGGACAUGAUGAAGUAUGAGGAUUGUGGAAUUGCCCCUGAUGAGUACAAGAAUCGCGGCGACCUUGAAAGUGACAUUGGCACCAGGAAAGCCUGCCGCUUCGAGCGGGCGCUGCUUGGGCCGUGCUCUGGAAUUGAGGAUCGCGAGUUUGGCUUUAAGGAGGGGAAACCUUGCUUGAUCAUCAAGCUGAACAGAAUUGUGAAUUUCCGGCCAAGGCCACCACUCACCAAUGACAGCAUCCCGGACGACGCUCAACACAAAGUCCAACCCAACGUGAUUCCUGUCUUUUGCACCAAUAAGAAAGAGGAGGAUGCUGGUAAGGUGGGCGAGGUGAAGUACUAUGGCAUCGGCGCCGGCUUCCCCCUGCAGUACUACCCCUACUACGGCAAGGCCCUGCACCCCCAGUACCUGCAGCCCCUGGUGGCCGUGCAGUUCGUCAACAUCACCAUGAACCAGGAGAUCCGUGUGGAGUGCAAAGUCUACGGCGAGAACAUCAAAUACAGCGAGAAGGACCGCUACCAGGGACGCUUUGACAUUAAAGUCCAAAUCAACAAUUUAUGACCUCCACAAUGAGACACACCAACCCCUCUCUCUGCACAACACAAAACAAAAAACAUACGCAAUAUUUCUUCUGAUCUCUGAUCUCCCCUCCCUCACUCCCCCCACCCCCUCCAUCUCUUAACAACCUUAAGUCAUUUAGGAGAAAGCAAAAAAAAAAGAUAUGACGUCAAAAGCAAAACUUGCUCUCAAACGAACAAAAAAAAAAAUGAUGAAAACACAUUGCCACAUAUGGGACGUACACUUUAACCUGUACGCUUUUCACUAGCUUCUCUGCUUCUGUCUAGAGUUAGAUUGUAAAAGCUUCAGAGGGGUAUACAAAGAAGCUGCUUCAAGAGUAAACCAACCAGGUGAAGUUAAGAGGUAAAUCACCUAAUAGAAGA